GUUUAAUCGUGUUUCUGUUUAAAUCUAGUGUCACAGUUUUCUGUGAUGGUUAUGUCAGGAGUAGGGUUAGGCCAUAUAAAAUAUUACUAACUUGAUAUUAAAAACAUGGGAGUCUGUAAGAUGUGCUCAAUAAUAGAGUAAAACCAGUGUGAUGUGAUAUUUUCUGCUUUCAAGGACCGAAGACAAACGUAUUGAAGUAAAUGUAAAUGUCUAAAUAUCGGUUGGACGAAAAGCGUUGCCUAACUACAAAAAAAUUAUUUCAAAUGGGGGAACCCUUGUUCGCUUGAUCCGAUCCUAUACGGACAUUUGUAAUGAAGAACUCGUUAGCUAUAAUAGAAAUAGUGGGUAGAAAGGCAAUUAGCAGGAACCGAGUAGGGCUGUCAAAACGACGGGUCUUGAAAUCAUCUCUAAAUAGGCAGGCAUGAUUAGUAGCUAAAAAUGUAUUUUAAAUUAAACCGGUUUUUAAGUUUCUAAAUUUCAACACUCGGCUACAAAUAAUCGUCCAGGCCACUGAAGUAGCACAUCUUCACGUGAUACAGUGUUUUUAGGGUUCAAAUAUCCCCAGCGGCACAAAAACAAUCAUUGAGAUUUAAAUGCGUUUCAAUGUGGCAUUCGGCUUUUGAGCCGCCAGGCGCCCCCUAGAGGAAAACAACUUCUAAGCAUAAGACGUGUCGGUUUCCAGUCGUGUCGGUGAUGCGAGAGCCAGUGCGUUGGGUGUUAUGGGAUGUGAAGGACACCCUGUUAAAGGUCCGCCGCUCGGUUGGAGAGCAGUACUGCCUCGAAGCAGAGAGAGCAGGACUCAAGGUGCCAGCUGCUCAGCUAGAAACUGCUUUCAGACAGACUUACCGGCAGCAAUUACGCCUAUUUCCCAACUAUGGCAGAGCUGAGGGCAUGAACAGCCAGGUGUGGUGGACUGGACUAGUGAGGGACACUUUUGCCCAGUGUGCGGUAGAUGACCCUGCUUUACUGGACAGUCUAGCCCACAACCUUUAUCACAACUUUUGUGGACCAGAAAACUGGGAGGUGUUUCCUGAUUCUAAUAGCACCCUCAAGUUCUGCACCGCUUUAGGACUCGAGCAAGGCAUAGUCUCCAACUUCGACAAGCGUUUGGAAGGGAUCCUGAGGGGAUGUGGACUUCUCAAUCACUUUUCAUUUCUGCUGACCUCAGAAGAAGCUGGGGUUGCUAAACCAGACCCUGCCAUUUUUAUCCAGGCACUGGGACGGUGUGGUGUUCCAGCCUCCAGUGUAGUUCACGUUGGGGACCAUUUUGUGAAGGACUACCUGACCUCACGCUCAUUGGGUAUUAGAGGUUACCUGCUUGACAGACAAGACUGUCACGGGCACCUUGAUGUUCCUCCACAGCAUAGAUUACACAGCCUAGAUGAACUACCAGCUCGAUUAAAACAGGAUGCAGACUGAAGAGUGCACACAUUUUAUCCAGUGCAGCUGAUGAUUAUGUAAUGUUGCUGCAGGGUUAAACACAUUUUAAAUGGACCAUAUUUUUUCCCAGAUGCACGUUUUAUAUGAUGAAACGAGACGUAAGCUGAAACAUCAAUGUGGGACAGGAAAACAAAAAAAUCAUGUUCUUUUAAAAGUUAAGAUUUAAUAAAACCGUAAUUGCCAAUACAUUAUUUUAUUGUUAAUCUGCCAAUAAAUUAUAUAUUGUUUGUGAAAA